UAAAUCGAUGUACAAUGAAGUAUUAAAAAGUUCAUUGUAGACCUCUCUUUCAAUCUUCGAGGUUACAUCGGGUUUCGGAGUCGGUUGACUCACCUUGCUGUGUGAAACUUGUGAUAUUUCUCGUGAUUAGUAAUAGUUUAAAUUAUAGUGUGAUCAGAAACGUCAUAUUAAACAAAAUUCUGCAAAUAUGAGGUUGUGGACGUCACGCCACACUUUCGACCAUCCGUGGGAGACAGUGGUACAAGCAGCAUGCAGGAAAUAUCCGAAUCCUUUAAAUCCUUCCGUUCUUGGAACGGAUGUCAUCGACAGGAAAGUCGAAGACGGAGUCCUGUAUUCUCACAGAUUAGUCACCACUGAUUGGCAAUUUCCUACAUGGAUAUCACCGUUUUUCGGCCACGAAGGACCAUACUACGCCAGCGAAUGGAGCGAAGUGAAUCCAGAAUCCAAGGAGAUGGUAAUCAGAACAGUAAAUAUAAGCUUGGGAAAGAACGUCUCCGUCGGCGAGGUGGUCAAAUACACGCCACAUCCGGACAACCCAGAAGUAACCUUGUUAAAACAAGAGGCUGUAAUUUCCAUCAAAGGACUGCCCCUUAUUAAUCAUCUCGAGAAGCUACUGUCAAUGACCAUUGAACACAAUGCUAAUAAGGGACGGCAAGCAAUGGAAUGGGUCAUCGCGAAGCUGCAAUCGGAGGUGAAAGAUAUCGCCUCGUCUGCUGCGAAGUCGACAGACGACUUGCUCCAUCAGACGCGACGUCAGUUCGACGACAUCACAAAUAUCACGAAACAGGGCAUGGAAGAGUUUCAGAGCGCGGCUAAAAAAUCGUUCGACGAGUUCCAGAAUUUGACAGUGCCACCACCAUCUCAAUCUAUACCAAAAUUAUAGCUAAUAUUUCACGUUAGCUUCAAUCUCUUUAACUAAAUCUAUAGAUAUUUGAUGGAACGAUUGGAGACAGAGAAUUAACGACUCGAUACGAAACUUUUGUCUAUGUAACAUAAAUGUUUCUGACAAUGUUCAUGCUAGGAUUUGAAUUGGAAAAUAUUCAUGUCGCUACCAGAAUAAUCGCUCUGUGAAUACUCAAUAUUGGUUUUAUAGUUUUGAUUGUAAGCUAAAUAUAAUUAGCCCUUAAAUGGCGAUAAUUUUAACUUAAUUUUAGACUGUUGCAUUUUUAGUUUCUAAAGAAUAUUUUUUUAAAUAUAAAUUAUCCAGUAUUCUUUACAAAUUUCAGUGCUUAAUUUUAGUUUAUAUUUCACUACAUGAGUUUCAUGGGUAUGAGUCACGGUAGUCAUGACAUCGCCAUUUGAUGGUUAAUGAAAUUUAAUUCGUAGUAGAAAUCAAAGUGUAUGACAGACAAGUCUCUUCGAAAAGAGUAAAUGUUUAGAAACUAUUCGGUGCAUUUUCUCCGGACGUACGGACGGGACGAUACGUGUAAUAUUUUCGUAUAGAUCAGUGAAGGUAUAAAUCUGUUCACCAGUUUUACGUGUAUACGUUCGAAGAAGAUUGUUCUCCAAUCGUCCCAUGACAGAUGUUUUAGUGAAAGAGUUGUAGCUACGACAAGUGAUAAUAGUCGUUAGAAGAAUGUUUCGAGAAACACCGUGAUUUCAUACCGACGACUCGUAUAGAUAACAUACUUUCUUACGAAAGGUUUAUGAAGUGACAGUAGAUUUAUUACCACACUAUAUUCUUGCAUUGACGAGAUGAAAUAGUCGCUGGAAUAUAUAUCGAGUCUGAAAGCUUGCUUUUUUAUAAGCUUCGUUUGGGAUCGGAUUAUCACUAUGUAUACCAAAAUGCUUUAACAGUAUGCUGCUCCGACACAUUUAGAAUGGUCGUUAUCGUCAGUGUUUACCUCAUUUCCUUGUAUCAAGCUUAAGUUGUAUCGUGACUAGUAGUAGAGUCACAUAUAUACGUCUCCUGUGGUUGCUGACCAAUACAGCACAUUUAUGAGAAUUAUUUAUUUUCACACGAGACCUUCGCAAAUAAUAGUAAACAUAUAUAGAACAAUUUAGCUUAUAAACGUGGCUUUAAGUAUAAAGCAAACAAUGAAAGAGAAGAAAGUAUGUACUGGAACUCGUGUGGAACAUUAAUGCACGUAUGUCGAUGUCAAUUUAACGAGGGUGGAAGCACAGCUUGGGUUCGUCUACUCUGAUGUUUAUACAAUUGGAAACCACAGAAAAUUAAAUAUAUAUAUUUAUUUUCAAAGCAAAACGGGUUGGUGUUAAUUGUUGUCACUGUGUAAUCGAACACUUAACCGAUGAUUCCGAGUAUAAUGAAACUUGUAGAUUAGAACUUGUUGAACUAUUAUAGACUGACACUCAUUUUAAAGAUGGUUGUCUUUUGUGAAUUA